AUGAGGAAAACCAAGAAAUAUUGUUAUGGAUUUUGUGUAUUCACUUCCAUAAUAAUCAAUAUCUUGUUUACCAUAAAUCUCUACUUCGGUGGCGGUGGCGGUGGCGGUGGCGGUGGGUGUGGGUUGAGUUGGAGUGAGAAAGCGGCGGCGGAGGCGGAAGCGGUUGCAGCAAUUUCAUGUUCAGGCCAUGGCAGAGCUUAUCUCGAUGGUUCUGUUGAUUCUGAUGGUCGACCCGUUUGUGAGUGUUAUGCUUGUCACGUUGGUAUUGAUUGCUCUCAAUUAUCUCCUGGUUGUGCUGCAGAUGCUGAUAGUGGGGAUCCUAUAUUCUUGGAGCCAUUUUGGAUGCAACAUCCAACCAACAGUGCCAUCCUCGUAUCAGGGUGGCACCGUAUGAGUUACGGAUACAAUGACAAGUCUUACAUGUCUGUGGAGCUCGAAAACUACAUUCGUAAAUUGCAUUCAAUUGUCGGAAAUGCGAUCACCGAAGACAGAUACAUUGUUUUCGGUAUCGGUUCAUCCCAACUCCUUAAUGCAGCUGUUUAUGCCCUUUCCUCCGAAACCUCUUCUUCUCCUUCCAAUGUCGUUGCUUCCAUCCCAUUUUAUCCGAUGUACAGGACUCAAACAGUGUUCUUCAACUCGAAGAAUUUUCAAUUUCAAGGAGAUACAAAAGCAUGGCAAUUGAAUAACUCUACAAACAUGGAUGUGGUUGAAUUUGUAACAUCACCAAACAAUCCAGAUGGGGAGUUAAAGAAAUCGGUUCUCGGAGGGAAGACCAUAUACGACCAUGCCUAUUUUUGGCCACAUUUUACACCGGUCCCAGCCCCUUCAGAUCAGGAUCUCAUGCUCUUUACGCUUUCAAAGCUCACAGGUCAUGCCGGUUCACGUUUUGGGUGGGCGGUGAUAAAAGAUAAGGAUGUAUACGAGAAGAUGUUGGCAUAUAUCAAGGUGGCUGAUUUGGGGAUUUCAAAGGACACUCAAUUAAGAGUUUUGAAGCUCCUAAAAGUAGUCGUUGAAGAUGAGGGAAAAACGUUUUUCAAAUUUGCAUAUAACAAAAUGAAGGAUCGUUGGGACGCGUUGACUUCUGUGUUCUCGAAGUCGACAAGAUUUUCAAUCCAACAUAGACAUCCUUUACAGUGCACUUUCUUCAACGAAACUAGGCUAGCGUCUCCAGCUUAUGCAUGGGUAAAAUGUGAGCGAGAAGAAGAAGAUGAUUGUAAAGCAGUGCUAGAAGCAGCAAACAUCAUAGGUCGUGCCGGAAGUAUGUUCAGUGACAAAGAUCGUCAUGUCCGGCUUAGUCUCAUCAAGAGCCAAGACGACUUUGAUUUACUCUUGCAACGACUCACGGAGCUAGUGUCUCUUGAAAAUGGUAGCAUCCAAACAAUGUGAAAGGCUCAAAUCAAUCAUCGUUUUUUUUUUUCCGUUUGAAAGGCCCAAAUGAAACUUUUCGGUCAUUUUCAAGCAUUAUUCGUCUCGUUACUUGUAAAAAAAACUAAAAAUGAAGUAAUUGAUUUGUUAUAAUGUGUAAAAGUUGACAUUUAUAUAAUAAAGAAUACGCGUUGUAUGCA